ACAAAACUGACCUAUUCUCUACAUUUCGAACAAACCCCCUCCCUACUCCACUUCCUCCCUCUUUGUCUGGAAAUUCCCCAUGAUGCAAGUAAAGCUGGGUGAGUGGUGUCGGAUUGCCAGCCCACCUCACGCCACCAGCAGACAGGCACACCUACAACAGGAAAUUGCAAUUAUUCAUUCUGUUACACUCAGUGAGUUACAUUGUAUACAGGAGCUAACGCCGGGUACAGAUCUGUCCUAGGAUGGCAGUGCCAGUUUCUCUGUUAGUCUUAUUUCUGCUAUCCGGACCAGGCACAGGUAACCAUUUAUUGCACUUACAAAGGAUUUAACGAAUUAACAAAAAUAGUGAAAUAGUUAGAGCAAAGUUGGCUGGAACAAUAGCCGAGGAACGAUAUCUGAUUUGGAAAACUUUUUCCAGCUUGUCUAAUUUGGCACAAAAACAUGUAAUUCGUUAACCCCUUAAGGACACAUGACGUGUGACAUGUCAUGAUUCCCUUUUAUUCCAGAAGUUUGGUCCUUAAGGGGCUAACAAUUCAAGGUAGGAAGGGAGGAAUGGGAGGGGGCAAUGCUGUUACUUUCUCCAAAUAAUAUCUGUAGUAUUUUGAGCAAUAUUUAACCAGAGAUUCUUGUACAAGUCAUUUUAGUGCAGCCAUUAUUGUUAACCCUUCAAACUGUAAUAUGUACGUCAAACAGGAGGAAACAUGGCCGUUUUUUUAAUCUCUUCAUGAUACAUAUAAUAAUAAUUACUCACCACGGCUAUCAAAAGAGACGGUUUUGCUCUGCUUGUAAUGGGGGGGUUGUUAUGAAUUGCAUCAUUUCUAAUGUAUUGACGUAUUCGGGGCUUGGUUUCACCUCCUGUUCUUGUUUCUGUUCAUUUUAUUAAUUUGUGUCCUUUUGUAAUUUGCUUGUUUGAUUUCUUUGCGUAUUUACUUACAGCUCUGUAGACUGUAGUUAAAUAAUUCCAAUCAUCUAGCGGUUGGUAAACGGUGUCCAGUAAUUCUUGUUGUGUUUGCGGUAACGUAUUUAAUGGCUUCUGAUGAUUUGACCUGUUAAGGGUUACUCUCUGUUAACAUGUACUCUACCUGUGUAAAAGAAGGUCUGGUCACCCUCAUCUCUGCUUGAUAUGAUAUGCAGUGGAAUGUAGGGACAGGAACUUAUUACAUGAGCACUCCACACACCAUAACCACUACAGAGUGCUCUGCUGAUUAUGGCACCAGGUGCACACUCCCGGUCAGUAGUCAAACUGUUUCCAAAUGGUCUGACAACGUACCUACGUUCUGUUGUUCACCGGUCACCUCCCCCAGGAGACUCUCUGCACAGUCUGGUGGUAAACGGCUUAGCUUAUUGGCUGACGGCGCUCAACUAACACUGUCAGCCAAUGAGACGACUCUGCACUGUAGGGUUUAGCUCUGUGGAGCUAACAGAAGCUCCACGAAGGAGCUUCUGGCACUUCUGGUGCUGUAACGGCCCCCUGCAGACCCCAGGAAAUCAAACCGUUUAAAAACUACCACUGUACUGGUUUUGGUGCUUGGAGUGUCCCUUUAAAUACGUAGUAUUCAGGAAACAGUGACAUCAUCAUGACUUCCUGUGGGCAAGCAUUACUAUAAUAAUGUAUCUAAAUAUAACAUGUCUCCCUUUCUAACCAAGCUGCCGCUUACUGCCACCGGUAAUUAUGUGUUAUAUCCGUUUUACAUACCAACAGCAAAUCAUUUCACUAAUCAUUACUUUAAUAUUUCCAUUUUUUAUUUUUAUUUCCUUCAAAUCACCAGCAAGCUUGUUGUGCAGUUUUAUUUAAACUUCGGUUGUUUGUUUAAAAACCUGCAGGGAGCAGCCAUAUUGUCUUCAAAGGAUCGACUAAUGUGCAAGUACACAAUGUACAUCUUCUCACUCUAAAAAAUGUUUGUUGAGCGAUUUCCUUCCAAGUAAAUGUUUUAAAAAGAGAUCAAACAGGUAUGAAUGUCCGUCCAGUCCAUUAAACAGAUUCUGAGAUAUCCUGAAAGACGUCCUUAGAAAAAGCAAUAUGGCUGCUCAGUGCAUUCUGUAUCGGAUGAUUAUAAUCACAAACUCUCAAUAGUAUCAGACUGUUAUGACUGAGAAUUGUUAUAUCUUAUUUUCCUUCAAAUCCCCAUGCAUGCUGCUCCCUACUUAGCAUUAUUUAAAAAAACAUGUAUUUUUGUUUGUUUGACUAUCAUAAUUAAAUGUAUUUCUUUUAUUUAUUUUCGUAAGGAAGCUCUCAUUGUGGCCAUCAGAAUUCACAGAAUGCUGGCAUUGCAAGGAUCCAUCGCUGUUACAUUAAUACCAGUUGGGGUUCAAUCACCGAACUUCCAACAUCCUGACCAUGUAUAAAGCUGGCACCCAAAACUUCACCAAGCAAGCGUUCCAUCCUCCUAAUCACUGGGUACCGUAUAAGGCACAUCACAAUCAGGUCUCAAACCUAGCACUAUAUAGAGAGCGUUAACUAGUCUCAAGGUGAAAGUUGGUGCCGGCUGUUAAAAUCAGAUAAUAAUCCCAUAACUAUUAAAAUGCAGACUAUAUAAAACCACACACAGGGCCGGCCUUUGGGGUGUGUGAGCUGUGCGGCUGCAUAGUGCGUCGGAGCAACAAGGGCGCCAGGCAGCCGAGGUACCAGAUUCCCUCUCCCCUUGUGCCCACAGUCUCCAGCCUUUUCCAGUCAGAAUUAAAACUUUAGUUCUUUAAGUACGUUUGCAGGCAGUGCGGGACCAAACAUUCUCAGUCAGGACCUCUCUCUCUGAUGCUGGGUUCUGUGUGUGAACCAAUAGAGACACUUCUUGUUAUACCCCCACCCGCUCCACAGAGAACCUGACAAAAGUCCUGGCAGAGCAUGUAAGGUCUCAGGAGGACUCUCACUCCCAUGAUGCUCGGUUCAAAAACUUGGAGAUGGAGGUGCGGGGGGGAGAUGGAGGCACAGGGGAGAACAAACAUGAAGAGGAGCAUGUACACAAAGGGGGACGUGGACAUAAGGGCAGAGGCGGCUCUCUAAUUAGGCGGUUUAGGCGGCCGCCUAAGGCCUCGUGCUGGCUGGGGGCUCGCGGCCGCCUAAACCGCCUUAUGGCAGACUUGACACCAGGACGGGUCCCGGCGGCUUGCCCGGUAUGCCGCCGGGUGCGAGGCCCCUCCUGGCUGCCUGGCCACCAUCGCAGACCAUGUGUCUCGCGAAAACCGGCCAAUCAGAGCGUUUCCGCGGGUUACCACGGCAACGCUCUGAUGAUCUUGUGAGAUUACACGGUCUGCAGCUCUGCGUAGCUGCAGACCAGAAGCAGUGGCCACCGGACAACCAGGGAGUCCACUGGACCACCAGGGAAUAAAGGUAGGUUCUGCUCACCCCCCACCAGCCUCCCCACCCCCCCACCAGCCUCACCACUACCCUCAGCCUCCCCACCCACCCACCAGCCUCACCACCACCCCUCAGCCUCCCUCACCACCACCUUCAGCCUCCUUACCCCCACCAGCCUCACCACCACCUCAGCCUCCCUCCCCACCAGCCUCCCCACCCCACCAGCCUCCCCACCACCACUCUCAGCCUCCCCACCCCCCACCAGCCUCACCCAGCACCCCCCACCAGCCUCACCACCACCCUCAGCCUCCCCACCCCCACCAGCCUCCCACCCACCCUCAGCCUCCCCCACCUCCCCACCAGUCUCACCACCAGCCUCACCACAACCCUCAGCCUCCCCCCAACAGCCUCACCAACCCUCACACCCCCACCACCCUCAGCAUCACCACCCUCAGCGUCACCCCCACACCACCCUCAGCCUCACCACCCCACACCACCCUCAGCCUCACCCCUCACCACCCUCAGCCUCUCGCAUUACCCCCCUCUGCCUAUCGCAUUACCCCCCUCUCGCAUUACCCCCCCUCUCCCUCUCACCAUCACCCCCCCUCUCCCUCUGACCAUCAACCCUCCAUACACACAACAAGCAGCUAACACAUACGGUCUCAGGAGGGUAUGGGAGAGACAUGAACACAAGGGGAACAUGUAGACAGGGACAUAUGAGGAGACAUAGAUACAAGAGAGACAAGGGAACAUGGAUGGACAUGGACACAAAGUGACACAAUGGACACAGGAGUGGACGGGGUGGGCAUAGACACAAAUGAGGACACAAGGAAGACAUGGAGACAAAAAGGACAUAGACAUAAGUGGGGAUAUGGACACAGGGUUGGACAGGGGAGCACAGACACAUGGAGGCACAUGGACACAAAGGGAGACAUGGACACCCACACUGGUACACAUACUACUACACAUAACGUGCACACACACACACCCACACUAGUACACAUACUACUGCCCAUAAUGUGCACACACCCGCACUGGUACACAUACUACUACACAUAACAUGCACACACCCACACUGGUACACAUAAUGUGUACACACCCACACUGGUACACAUACUACUGCCCAUAACAUGUACACACCCACACUGGAACACAUGGUACUACACAUAACGUGUACACACCCACACUGGUACACAUAAUACUACACAUAACGUGCACACACCCACACUGGUACACAUACUACUACACAUAACGUGCACACACCCACACUGGUACACAUACUACUACACAUAACGUGCACACACCCACACUGGUACACAUACUACUACACAUAACGUGCACACACCCACACUGGUACACAUACUACUACACAUAACGUGCACACACCCACACUGGUACACAUACUACUACACAUAACGUGCACACACCCACACUGGUACACAUACUACUACACAUAACGUGCACACACCCACACUGGUACACAUACUACUACACAUAACGUGCACACACCCACACUGGUACACAUACUACUACACAUAACGUGCACACACCCACACUGGUACACAUACUACUACACAUAACGUGCACACACCCACACUGGUACACAUACUACUACACAUAACGUGCACACACCCACACUGGUACACAUAACGUGUCAUAAGAGUGGAUUUAUGUACCAGUGUGGGUGUGGGUGUGUGCAAGCGCCAGCCUUGUGUUGAGCAGGCACUUGGAUAGCAUCAGCCCUACCUAGAAAAAUAGUUUGAUCUCCCCUGUUUACCUCAUGGCCCAUGUGGCAUUUGCCCAGUUUGCUCGAUUGAAAGUCCAGGUCUUCCCCAAGGUGUAUACCUAUGGGACUUUUUAAUAAUACCCUGAAUCUGUAUUCUGAAAGAUCCCCCAAGUACAGAAAUGUCUCUUAUAUUUACCUUUGAUCACUUUUCGUAUAAUUUUUAAAGGGCAGAGUUGGUUUGGCAGUGAUUAUAGUUAUCUGCUUACCCACAAACCUCUCUGUCAUUCACAGUAUCACAAUGUGAAACUAAAUAAAGUGGAAUAUUCAUGUUUUUACCAGGAUGUGGGUGAGGCAUUAGAGUGAAUUAGAACAAUGACUACGGUAGAUUCACCUCUAAGCCUCUCCUGACUCCUAAUCACAGGGAGUUAGGAGAGACCUGAAUAUUGUUUUAAAGAGUAGUCUGGGGCCUCUAGUGGGGUGUAGCGGGUGCAUUUACCACAAGCCACUCUAUUAAUCACAAUUGUGAAUGGGAUUUGGAGUAAAUAAAAAUAAAUGAAUCUCGUUGUUCCUGAGUAAUACAGCGGAGCUUCCAAAGGGUUCAUUCAUUUUUUACAGGGAGGAGACUUUCCACAGUUAAAGCAGUUCUGUCACUUCUGAGCAUUUUAAGAUAAACACAUUUAUUAAGCACUUACAUUGAGUGCACUGGGAUUUCCCCGAAAUUCUAACACAGUUGAAAGAUAUCAUAAUACAAAACAGGCAACAAAUUAUCUUAUGGGCGGAACUAGAGUUAGUAAAACUUGACUAAAGGUGCAGUUUCUGCUGUCAGGUUUAACCCCUUAAGGACGGAGCCAAAUGUACACAGUGUGAACGAAACAAAAUGUAAACCAAACCUGGCAUUUGCGCUACAUGUCUGUCCAACCGUAAUACACCUCUUUCAUAGUAAAUGCACCCACCCUUAUUAUAUAUCAUUUUAUUCAGGGGAAACAGGGCUUUCAUUUAUUAUCAAAUAUUUAGCUAUGAAACAUGAUUUAAUAUGAAAAAAAUGGGAGAAAAUAAGAUUAUUUUUUUUUUUUUUAGUUCUACAUGACAUUUUAACGGUCAGUGUCAUAAUACUGUUUGCUUUUACUGCAAUAAAAUACACAUAUUUGUAUUCAGCAAAGUCUCAUGUGUAAAACAGUACCCCUAUGUACAGGUUUUAUGGCAUUUUGGGAAGUUACAGGGUCAAAUAUAGCACGUACAUUUGAAACUGAAAUUCGCCAGAUUGGUUACGUUGCCUUUGAGACUGUAUAGUAGCCCAGGAAUUAAAUUUACACCCAUAAUGGCAUACCAUUUGCAAUAGUAGACAACCCAAGGUAUUGCAAGUGGGGUAUGUCCAGUCUUAUUUGGUAGCCAUUUGGUCACAAACACUGGCCAAAGCUAGCAUUAGUAUUUGUUUGUGUGGACCGCCGGCGACCGGGUAAGUAAGAAAAGACCGGAGGGCCUAAAAUAGGGCGUAAUUGUACGCCCUCCGGUCUUAAGGGGUUAAUCAAUUUCCAGAGAAAGAGACAUCUGUGCACAUGUCAUGAGAGUGGAUUAAUGGAGGAUCCUGCCAUCUUACAGAUUCAACCAUAGACCUCCUGCUGUACUUUGCACAUCUAAUGUCCCAUUGUACAGCGCUGCGGAACUUGUUGGUGCUUUAUAAAUAAUAAUAUUGACAGCUGAAGAUGGAUGAAUUGAAGACAGUAGAAAGAUGUAGUGCCCAUGAGGGAGAGCUUCAGGUUAGUAUAUUUACCUUCAGCCUCCCUUCCCUGUGACCACCCACCAAAAUAUACAAAGACCCCAAAAGUGACAGAACUGCUUUAAGGUCUCGAACCAGCAGUACCCGGCUUCUUCUGACUGUAGUUAUUAUUUUAUACAUUGCUAACCACAAAAUAUAACACUGUUAAUAAAAUUUUAGAUCAUUUGUCAAAUUGUGUCUUUUUUUGAAGAAGUUCUCUGGCUAGGUGUAUAAUUGUGUUAUUGUAGGGAAAGUACAGACUCUAAGGUCUUAUCUGGUGCGGCAGAAAUCGACACACUGGAUCUUUAAACAUAAAGGCGUUACCAAAAUAGGGACUAGUGGUUUACUAAAUACAUUUAGUGAUGAUUAAAAAUGUAUUCCAAUGAUCUCUAAUCUCACUCAUAAAUAAAAUGACCAAACCUUGUGUAAAUGCCCUUUCAAAUGGAUGAAUUCGGCUCUUUUAGACACACCCAUUGCGCACGUUUCUAUAUAUCCAAGCACACAGACACGGACAGACAAAGAAUUUGAAUCACAUGGAAUUUUAACAUCACAGGAUGCCACCAUUCCAGCUGGUCAACACAUCAAAUAUCUAAAUCUGCUCCUUUCUAAUAUAUACAGUAAUGGUAGGCAGAACCUGCAAUCAUCGCACAGUAUGGGAAGUGGAACAAGAAUCACUAUUACUGGACUAUGGAGCAAGUAAAAUGCUUUCUUGGAAUGUCGGAUCCAGUUUUAGCAGUUGAUAGUCCAAUGGGCAGCUCUUGGAUUAAUGUAUUUCAGGGAAAUGGCACUUGCCUGACUGCAAAGUGCCAACUGUGAAGUCCGAUAGGGAAUAUUUCUGAAGUUAUUUCAUGCUUUGGCCUGGAUAUCGUCAGGAAGAUCACAGCAAGAUCUUAAUGCCAUUAGAAAAUACUUUUUCGUCUCUCGGCAUGACAAUACUUCUCUACUUAAAGUGCCGUCCAUACAGAAAUGAACAGUAGUAACUGGAGUGGAUACCACGAGGGAAGUCUGAACUUUACCAUUGGAAUACCAUCCGCGUGCUACUCCCACUGUGCCAACAUUGGUGCCCAGUCUCAAUAAUCAUUUUGGGAAUGCACUGCCAGUAGCAAUAUUUAAUCAAUUAACAUGGCGGCCGUGAGAAGAGUGGAGGUUAUUUUAGAAUCAGAGCUAGGAGGAUUAUAUUGGUGGAGGAUGUUGAGGAAGAGUGGAGGAUUAUGUUGGUGGAGGAUGUUGAGGAAGAGUGGAGGAUUAUAUUGGCGCUCGUGAUGGUGGAAUGAGAUAGGUGACAACGCAGUUAGCCAUGUAAAACAUCCGAGCUGUCGUCCAUUUUAUAAUCCCUUGUUAGUCUAUUUCCAUGUGAAACAGUUAAAGAUUUCCCUCCUUCAAUUUUUUUAUACAAAUAUUUAGAGCCAACACUGAAUGGAAGCACAGCGCCAGAGGACUCCAGGCACUAUAACAACUUUAAUGAGAUGGAAUAAUUAAAGUGCCUGGAUGCUGUCCCUUUAUCAAAUAACUCCCACUCGCCUCAUCCUCCUCUAGCUGUACAGCAGCUAGAAUGGAAUCAUUAACUAAUUUAUAAAUAUUGAACACCUCUGCCCCUGGCCUCAUGUUGGAUUAACAAAAUCAUCCCCAAGUCUACUAACCAAACAAUUGGAGAACCAUGGGACUAUUAAAGCAUAGCACCUUACAUGCAUAGGAAAACGGGGAAAAACAAACAAAAAAGAAUAAAAUCACUUUGAAAUAAAACAGUAUUGACCCAAGUUGAGAGCUUCCAUGUUGUUCUGAGGGACUCUCACAGCCCAAGUCUCACUCCCAGCAGUGACAUCAUCUCCACGCAAAUUAUCUGUCAUGAAUCAGAAACGGUAAAUGAUGUGAUAUUAUAAUCAUUCCAUCAAACUCGCCUAUAACGAAGCCUUUUAUCACCAUAUUGAAUGCCACUGUCAGCAUUGGCUCACAUUUCAUAAUUUAAUAACUGUGCCCUCAUUACUUUCAUGACAGAGCAAAUUCUUUUAAAUGAUUUAUUUCUGUGAACCCAAUACCAAAUGGAGCAACCGAAAACCACAUCUCAAGGAAGAGCACCAAUGCCAGAUAUGGAAUGUUCAACCUUAAAAAAGUAUAAUUUCCAUUAAAUCUGUUACAUAUUUCUCAAAAAUAUCUCACACUAUAUCCAUGGACACGCCAGAGACAUAUGUAGGACCUAUACACUGAUAUCAUGUCAAAACCAGAUGAUAGCGGGAGUUGAACACUUGUGAGGGUACAAGAUAGAUAUGUACAAGGUAGAUAGGAAUAAAUUGGCGGUCAGAAGCUGAUGACUUGACUCAAUAGGCCUAAACUAAAUUAAAGCAGCAUUGUCAUGCCGAACUUACCUUUCUUAAAUCGCUUCCUCUUCUCUCCCUCUGUCAGGAUCUGUUCUUCUUUUCUUCCUGUCUGCUCUAGUUUUCUUUAAAACAUAAGACAAAGUAAGGACUACUUUGUCUUAUGGAGGUUUCCUACGCCUGACCAUCUCUGACCAGCGGAGGAGCAAAGUGUGCUUCAUUUCCGGUGGUCAGAGAAAUUUCACCAUAAUUCUAAGCUUUCCUCCCUGUUCCCGCGAUACUUCCUGUCAGUAUUCCCGAACAUCCUGUCAUUUAGACAGGACGUCGGCAAAACUUCCGAAUUGCGUCCUAACAGAAUGAGAACAGUUUGUUCAUUCCUGACGCUAAAAAAUGUAAUCCAUCUUCACCCAGUUAGCGUGGGAAAGUUAUUUGGCAUUUUCAUUUAGGGCCCCCAUCCGCCGCUCAGGGGUGGGGGCCGUAGGGGGAGGACAAUAGGUCCCCCCCCUCAUUUUCCUUUAUUGCCCCCACCGCUCAGGGGUGGGGGUCAGGGGGCAGACAAUGGGUCCCCCCACCUCAUUUUCCUUUAUGGCCCCCACCCGCCGCGCAGUGGUGGGUGCCGGGGGGGAGGACAAUAGGGUUUUUUUUUUGGUUUUUUUCUAACAGUGAGCAGCUGCAGGCUGCUCACUGUUUAUUAGACAUGCCCCUACUCCCAGUAUAGCAAGUAGAGGCAUUGGGGAGAUUUUACACAGAGUGAAGGGGGACCUGGGGGGCUUUGAAGGUGGUGGGGAGCACUGCUCCCUGCCGCUUCUAUCUUUACAUUUUACAAGGAUGGAGCUGUGCGCCUGUAGCUCCCUCCUUGUAAUAAACUGAACAAACAAACGAACACCGAUAUUCAGUGUUUGUUUGUUCAUCUGACAUUUCUAUUCAUUCGUUCGUCUUUCUGAUGAAUGAAUGAAUAGAUGAAAUUCCCAUUCACAUGCCUAGGUGUUUAACUGCUAUCUAGUGUGGGCAGAUGAUGUGUCUCACAAGGCCUUCAUCUACCCACACAAAGAUGGCGGCACCCAGAACCUAGGUCCGGGCACAAAAUAAAGUUAAAAAACUAGGUAAUAUGGGGAGCUUAGGGUAAUUUGGGGGUGAUAACGGGGUCAAUUAGAUGUAGUGGAGUCAGGAGGGGGGUUAAAAAAAAAACACGGGAUUCGGCCAUGACAGUGCUGCUUUAGCAAUGUUAUAGGGACACUAUAGACACCGAGACCACAUCAGCUCAUUGAAGGUCUGGGUGCAGUGUCCCAUCACCCUUAACCCUGCAAAUGUAAUUAUUGCAGUUAUUGCGAAACUGCAAUAAUUACUGUGACGGAGCUCCUGUACUCCGACCGAGUACCUACGCCCAGUCCGCUUCCUAGCCACUUGCAGGGACCCUGGAACACUUCUGCCACGUUGUAGCAGUUUAACUGGGGUCCUUCUGGAGCUUUUACACCUGAACAGUCAGCAGCUCUCCUUCCAGGUAGAUAUCAUCCCCUCUGCCUAUUCCGCAACAGCCCUUCUUCCAGGCAGGUAUCGUGCCCUCUGCCUAUUCCGCAGCAGCCCUUCUUCCAGGCAGGUAUCGUGCCCUCUGCCUAUUCCGCUGCAGCUCUGCUUACAGUGAUUAUAGUUAUUGCCUUUACAAAGGCAACUGCAGCUCUCAGGCCUAGCUCUCUUGAUUCAUCCCAGGGCUACAACAACACGCACACAGGUCCGAAGACUGUCACUAGGAUCCCUUAAAAUCCACACAGGACACAAGUUCCAAAAGGAACUGUCAUACAAAACUUGGAACUAGCCGAUAUGAUCAUAACAUUUAGAUUGCUGUGACAAAGAUAAUAAUUGCAUAAUAACAUAUUUAUAAAGGAAUGGGGAAGACAAUAAUUAGAAAAUGCAAACCUACCCAAAUGUGCAAAUUAGCACGCCUUGCUAUUCAGGUAGUGCAUAUAGUUGUUGCUAGAUCCUUGCAACCAACAGGUGGCACUGCACAUACUCUACAACCAAAUUCACCUAGUUGAUUGCAAGCAUUAGCAAGACAGGAGAGCACACUAACAUUUAACCCCAAACACACAUUACACACACACCCUGCACUUACAAUGGACACAGGGUGACUUAAACAUCAGUAUAGUCCAGGGCUCUACAUAAAACGUCCUUAUGAAACCACAGGUGAUGGUGACUACUGUCACAAUUACUAUCCAGGGUUAAAUUCACCUCUAGUGGCUGUUUACCAGAGGCUGUCUACUAUGGGGACGUCCGGGUUGUUAGGCAAGUUUUGGUCGUCUGACACGACAUUCUCACGCCCUACAUGAGGACAUCCAGAGUCACCCAAAACCCCAUAGCAAAGCAUUAUACAUAGGAAAGUUGUGCAGUCGCCACACAAGGAGGAGCGAAGGCGGAGCCCGACUCAGCGCUGAGGAAGUCCUGCGCUGGAUUCAGGUAAGUGAUAAAGGGUUUCAGAGCUGGGGAUGGAGGGGUUGCGUGAGCAAGGAGGGCACUAUAGGGAGCUGUUUCUAUUCCUUCCCUAUAGUUUGCCUUAAUAUAUAAAGGACCCAGGUAGCUUUUUAUAUUAUUUAUUGGUUACCAGGAGGCGUCAGAAAAUAUACUGAGCCCCCGCAGCACCCAGCAAAUGGCUGAUCUCCUGAGGCAUUUAUCGGCAGGCAUAGAUCACACCAAUGUCUUCUCUCUGCCAUUUAGGAGUUAGGUGACUUUGUUUAUACACCUCCCCUGGCUCACACUCACACAGUCUUCCUAAAUGCAUCUUGUAGAGAGAAAACCACUGUUUACGCGUCCCUUAUUGCACCGUCUGUUUUAUAUAGAAUGUCUUGCCUUCUGCUCUGUUAAUAGCCUUCUAGACCCUGCAUGAGCCUUGUGCGUGUGAUUAAAGUUCAAUUUACAAAGCUAAGAGUAAAGAAAGUUAAGAUCUAGUUGAAAAUGAAACAUUUUGUUUUCAUGCAGGCUGUGUCAGUCAUAGCCAGGGGUGGUGUGGCUAUGGCUGCCUGGACAGAAACAAAGUGAUUUAACUCCUAAAUGGCAGAAAAUUGGGCAGUGAGACUGCAUAGGCAUGACCUAUACACCAAAAUCUGCUUCAAUAAGCUAAAUAAUUAUGAUUCCUAUAGUAUCAUUUAAGUUAUCAGUUAUAUCUGUUUAUAUCUGACAACUGAUCAGCCCCAUUCAAGUGAGGAUAUGAAAUGAGAGAGUACAGUCCCAAAUCAGACGUAGCCAAAGCUUUCAUUUUCCAAUUAUUUUUAUUAUUUCAAUUCGCCACUAGAGGGCAUCUCCAUCACAGAAAAUACAUAGAGUCAUACAGAAAGAGACUGGUAGCAGGACUUAGUAACAGAGAUAUGCAGUGGUAGCAGAACUCGCCUAUCAGUACAUUUCACCAAGCUUACUGACACCUAUUUAUUUGCUGGCUAGUCUGCAAGAACAGAGCAACAGUUACUCUUCUUUUUCAAUUGAUAUUUCAUUGAGGGCUAAAACCCUUCAUUUUAUAGAGGUGGUUUUUAUAUUGAAAAAAAAAACUUGAAACAUAUUUCUAAUUUUAGCCUUUGAGCACUUUGUCCUAAGUAAUCCUAUUACAGAUUGUUUGCAAGGUUUUUUUUGCAGAAAACAUUUGCAUAUCUCUUGCCAUCGGAUCAUCUUUAAAGGUCACUCCAGACCCCUAAAGCACUUUAGCUUCCUGAAAAGGUUUAUGUAUGAAGAGUGUGUCUUAUAUUUAUCGUUUUGCAAAAAGUGCAGCUUUCAAUAGAAACUGACACUUCUAUAGAUUAACCUGGUUACCCUUGUCUUUUCGAGCAGAGAACAGGUCCUGCUAUUUCCUGCUUUGGUUAGCUUAGUUGCACUGAACUCAAGAGGCAGCAAUUGCCCAGAGCACCUGCCUUACAAAGACUUCUUAUUGAUCUGCAUUGGGAAGUCUGUGAUUGGACAGACACAGAAAGUCUGGGCGGGGUUAGAAGGGGAGGGCUUGCAAAGGCUGCAGACAAGAGAUCUGUAACUUUUACAAGCGGUUUUUAGAUAUAACUUCGAUAUGAGAGUGCAUAAUUAAAUACAUUAAAGUUUUAAUGUGGGGUAUAUCUACUAAACAGUGAUUUUUAUUUAUUUUGCAUUUGUGCAGUUGGAGUGCCCAUUUAAUUUAUACUGAGGAAAGAGAGAAAUGUAUGUUGAUCACUAAUAAGCCUAGAAUAUUGCAAAAAUGACAAUAGGAGCCGCACUCAUUCCCAGCAGCCACCCGGUGCUCGGAGCAGGACUAGCAGUCCCACAACGAUAAGGCAACACAAGAAAUUCUCCAGGCAAUCAAGGUGUUCACGACACAGGCGGUUUUAAUAGAACAAAAAGGAGCAGCAACGUUUUGACCUGCUAUGAGGUCUUUGUCCUUUUUGUUCUAUUAAAACUGCCUCCGUCGUGAACACCUUGAGUGCCUGGAGACUUUCUUGUGUUGACUAAUAAACCUAGUGACAAUUAAUACGUCAACAUGGGCAACAUGGUCUAAGCCUAUUUCAAUAGACAGUUUACAAAUGAAGUGAAAUCCCACAAAGUGUCAUAACUUCAAAAAUUGCCUUUGUGAUAAAACAUCACUUUUAUUGUGUAUCUUAUAAUAGUGUGUCAAUCAUGAAAACAAGACAAAAGGAGACAAAAAAAAUGAUAAAUAGAAUUCAAUAUGUGAAGUGAUUGGUAAAUAGUGCCACACAGACUGAUGGGGGAGCAAAGUGUAACAUUGUACCUAAACCUACUGCGUACUGAGUGGGCAUUCCAGCAUCAUGUAGAACAACGUGCUGAUAAACUAUUACAGAAUUUACACAAUACAAAAGAUCUAGCAGUUUGUAACAAUUUAACAGAAUCUCUGACUAUACUGAGCUGCUGCUGUGAACAUUGCAAUACUGUAAAAUUGUUAUUGAUUCCAACUGUGUAACUUCACCUGAAAACUGGCAAAAUGGCAACUUUUAUAGACAUGGAAAACAACCCGAAUUGUAACACCUCAUAUAGCUCUUUAGGGAGCUUGCUGUAAGCUUAAAGGGAAACUAUAGCCACCAAAACAACUUUAGUUUAAAGGGACACUAUAGCCACCAAAACAACUUUAGCUUAAUGAAGCAGUGUUGGUGUAUAGACAAUGCCUCUGAAGUCUCACUGCUCGAUCCUCUGCCAUUUAGGAGUUAAAUCACUUUGUUUUGGUUUAUGCAGCUGUGACGAUAUGGCCCUGGUGCCUAUUGCCUGCAGAGGUCCGUGGGUUUCUUUGCCUAACCUGCAAUGCUAACUGCUCAACAACGCCCCACGGUUAUGUUUGUUUGGUAGCUGACUUACCAGCAACCCAGGAUAUGUGUGUUCCACUGACAAUACACGUCAAUGACUAUGACUCCUUAGCAAGAUUUAAACAUGCAUGGAUCCAAGACAGUAAAAAAACCUCAGCAAAGAGACACGACACGCUUCUUACUGGCCACGUUGUAAAAUCCAUUUUAUUUCUGAGCCCCCAGACAGCACACACACGUAAUGUAUUUACACCAAUGAAAAUACAAACAGGGAUGGGAUACCAUAGCUCUGACUGAGGGAUGUAAAUGAAUCCUCAGGGGUCCUGUGUUCUUAUCCUGGGACACAGGAAAUGAAUCCUCAGGGGUCCUGUGUUCGUAUCCCGGGACACAAUAUCCUUGGAGAUUCUCCCCCUCCCUGUGCACUUCAAACAAAGAUCGAGUGUCUGUAAAACACAUAUUGAAUUUGCCCUCAUUUUUUGGAAAAACCUUUAGGGCUCACAAUGCUGCUGAAACUAUAACUAAUAAAUACACCAACUUUGUCACAGCAGCCCUAGUCAUACCCCCCCCUGGCUGUGACUGACACAUCCUGCAUGAAAACAAAAUGGUUUCAUUUUAAUCCGACAUUUACAUAGAAUUAUAGAAUGUGACGGCAGAUAAGAAGCAUUCGGCCCAUCUAGUCUGCCCAAUUUUCUAAAUACUUUCAUUAGUCCCUGUCCUUAUCUUAUAGUUAGGAUAGCCUUAUGCCUAUCCCACGCAUGCUUAAACUCCCUCACUGUGUUAACCUCUACCACUUCAGCUGGAAGGCUAUUCCAUGCAUCCACUACCCUCUCAGUAAAGUAAUACUUCCUGAUAUUAUUUUUAAACCUUUUCACCUCUAAUUUAAUGUCCUCUUGUUGUGGUAGUUUAUGGAUGUAACUUGCUUUAAAGGUUUUUAUCGCCUGGUUUGUAAUUUGAACUUUAACCACAUACAGGUUGUUCCCGCAGCAUCUAGAAAGCUAUUACUACAUCAGGAGGUAAUACAUUAUACAUUAAGGAGUAUUUACAAUAAAGUAUGUGUACAAAUUAGAUUAUUCUUUACAGGCAGUGUAACUUCCUGCAGGAAAACAAAAUGGUUUCAUUUUAAUCAGACACUGAUUAAGGCUGUGUAAGUCACAUGCAGGGAGGUAUGUCUAGGAUUGCAUAAACAAUGUGAUUUAACUCCUAAAUGUGAGGCUGCAGGGGCAUGUUCUAUACACCAAAACUGCUUCAUUAAGCUAAAGUUGUUUUGGUGACUAUAGUGUCCCUUUAAUGUAAAAAAACCGUCUUUAUCUGGGAUCCUCACAGGGUGCGUUUAUAAGAAUACACAUACCACAGUGGGCCACUCUCUUCCAUCUAACCAAAUCCAUACUCCCCCAACACUGGCAUCAUAUGAAGCUGAGAAAAGGCUCAGAGAGUGGCCCACUGUGGAUUAGUCAAACAAAACUCAAAAUGUUUGACAAUUUAAAAGUGGAUGGGAAGGGAGCAGGGCUUUCCUAGCACCAUGAACACUACAGCACAAUGUAAUAGUUAGGGUUCUUGGGGUGUCACUGUAAUAUGCAGAUGGGAUAUUUCUUUGUUUAGUUGUGUCUGCGAUGCUAGCUAUCUACAUGUUUUUUAUGUUCUCUAUAAUCAAAGUUAUUUGACCAAAAAUCAUCACUAAUCCAAUGUGUCCGUUUUUUUCCCAGAAGGAAAAGAGCGAUAUGAGAUAUAUAGAGAGACGGGGUCAUCUGUACAGAUUCCAGGCAUGAAAAUCCGAGACAACGAUUACCAUGAACUGAAAAAAUCUGAUGGGAAAACUGAGUUUGUGGCAAUUUACCAUGGAUCGCCACAGCUUCACCAGGUUUAUGAAAACCGUGGCCUCCUGAAAAGUGGUUUCUUUUUGCUUAACAAGCUGAUGAAGGAGGACAGCGCGGUCUAUUCAUACUAUGUAAAUAACAAAAUCCAAGCUGAAACCCGUCUAAUUGUGCUCGGUAAGUCCUGAAUCUGCAAUUAUCAUUUAGAUGUCUAAAUAAUAUGAAUUGUACCUGUCUGAUAUAUGGUAAAAAAAACAUUGUCAUUGGAGAUAUAGUGAGGGAAGAGUGAGGAUAUAGCAUUGUCAUUAGAGAUAUAGUGAGGGAAGAGUGAGGAUAAAGCAUUGCGAUUGGAGAUAUAGUGAGGGAAGAGUGAGGAUAAAGCAUUGUAUUGGAGAUAUAGUGAGGGAAGAGUGAGGAUAAAGCAUUGUGAUUGGAGAUAUAGUGAGGGAAGACUGAGGAUAAAGCAUUGUGAUUGGAGAUAUAGUGAGGGAAGACUGAGGAUAAAGCAUUGUAUUGGAGAUAUAGUGAGGGAAGAGUGAGGAUAAAGCAUUGAUUGGAGAUAUAGUGAGGGAAGAGUGAGGAUAAAAGCAUUGCGAUUGGAGAUAUAGUGAGCAUUGGAUUGGAGAUAUAGUGAGGGAAGAGUGGAUAAAGCAUUGUCAUUGGAGAUAUAGUGAGGGAAGAGUGAGGAUAAAGCAUUGUCAUUGGAGAUAUAGUGAGGGAAGAGUGAGGAUAUAGCAUUGCGAUUGGAGAUAUAGUGAGGGAAGAGUGAGGAUAAAGCAUUGUGACUGGAGAUAUAGUGAGGGAAGAGUGAGGAUAAAGCAUUGUGAUUGGAGAUAUAGUGAAGGAAGAGUGAGGAUAUAGCAUUGUGAUUGGAGAUAUAGUGAGGGAAGAGUGAGGAUAAAGCAUUGUGAUUGGAGAUAUAGUGAGGGAAGAGUGAGGAUAAAGCAUUGUGAUUGGAGAUAUAGUGAGGGAAGAGUGAGGAUAAAGCAUUGCGAUUGGAGAUAUAGUGAGGGAAGAGUGAGGAUAAAGUAUUGCGAUUGGAGAUAAAGUAUUGCGUCAUUGGAGAUAUAGUGAGGGAAGAGUGAGGAUAAAGUAUUGCCAUUGGAGAUAUAGUGAGGGAAGAGUGAGGAUAUAGCAUUGUCAUUGGAGAUAUAGUGAGGGAAGAGUGAGGAUAAAGUAUUGCGAUUGGAGAUAUAGUGAGGGAAGAGUGAGGAUAAAGCAUUGUGAUUGGAGAUAUAGUGAGGGAAGAGUGAGGAUAAAGCAUUGUGAUUGGAGAUAUAGUGAGGGAAGAGUGAGGAUAAAGCAUUGCGAUUGGAGAUAUAGUGAGGGAAGAGUGAGGAUAAAGUAUUGUGAUUGGAGAUAUAGUGAGGGAAGAGUGAGGAUAAAGCAUUGUGAUUGGAGAUAUAGUGAGGGAAGACUGAGGAUAAAGCAUUGUGAUUGGAGAUAUAGCGAGGGAAGAGUGAGGAUAAAGCAUUGUGAUUGGAGAUAUAGUGAGGGAAGAGUGAGGAUAAAGCAUUGUGAUUGGAGAUAUAGUGAGGGAAGAGUGAAGAUAAAGAAUUGUGAUUGGAGAUAUAGUGAGGGAAGAGUGAGGAUAAAGCAUUGUGAUUGGAGAUAUAGUGAGAUAUAGGGAGGGAAGAGUGAGGAUAAAGCAUUGCGAUUGGAGAUAUAGUGAGGGAAGAGUGAGGAUAAAGCAUUGUGAUCGGAGAUAUAGUGAGGGAAGAGUGAGGAUAAAGCAUUGUCAUUGGAGAUAUAGUGAGGGAAGAGUGAGGAUAAAGCAUUGUGAUCGGAGAUAUAGUGAGGGAAGAGUGAGGAUAAAGCAUUGUCAUUGGAGAUAUAGUGAGGGAAGAGUGAGGAUAAAGCAUUGUGAUUGGAGAUAUAGUGAGGGAAGAGUGAGGAUAAAGCAUUGUCAUUGGAGAUAUAGUGAGGGAAGAGUGAGGAUAAAGCAUUGUGAUUGGAGAUAUAGUGAGGGAAGAGUGAGGAUAAAGCAUUGUCAUUGGAGAUAUAGUGAGGGAAGAGUGAGGAUAUAGCAUUGUGAUUGGAGAUAUAGUGAGGGAAGAGUGAGGAUAAAGCAUGUGAUUGGAGAUAUAGUGAGGGAAGAGUGAGGAUAUAACAUUGUGAUUGGAAGAGGGACGAGUGAGGGUAAGAGUGAGAUAUAGUGAGGAUAUAGCAUUGUGAUUGGAGGAUAUAGCAUUGGGAUUGGAGAUAUAGUGAGGGAAGUGUGAGGAUAAAGCCUUGUCAUUGGCUAGAGGGUAGUGGUACAUUCUUAGCCUAGCCAUGAGCAAUAUCUUCUUGAAAUUAUUUGGUGGAUGGCAAUUACAGCACAAUGCUUGAGACAAAGUGUGUUGUCAUUACAGAUCCAGUGGAGAAGCCCGUCCUUCAGAAAACUGAAGAGGUAGUCAAUGAUACGUGUUGGAUUGUGCUGCAAUGCAUGGGAUCUGGAGAACACUUAAAUGUCACUUUCUGGAAAUCUGGACUGCAAAUCGAGAAUGUCAACCUGAGUGUCAACAGUACCUCCUUGUAUCUUAACGGAUCCGACCCACAAACCUCAGGAAGGUAUUCUUGCCAACUUUCAAACCCCAUUAGCCACAGAAUGUCGGAUGAAGUCCAUGUUACAGGUGAAUUGAAGCACUACGCAUUUAUUAUUGUUUUUACUAGAAUUUUAUAAAGUGUCAGCAUAUUACACAGCGAGGUACAAAAAAAGACACAACAAUAUGUAUAAACCAAUAAAAAAGGUAAAGAGAACCCUGCCCAUGAACUAAGAUCUAGCCAUAUAAGCUAUUUUAGGCAAAAUACUUAGCUAGGUAGCACAUUAGCUUGCACUCUAUAUACUUGUGUGUGUAUAUAUAAAAUACAGAAUCCAGCGCACUCGCUUAUUCACUAAACAAUAUUUCAAAUCUUAGAGAUUGUAAUAAAAACACCUCACCUAGGCAAAAAAUAAUGGGGGGGGGGUUUAGUUACAUUAUAUGAUCAUAUAUUGCAUAAGCCUGCCACAACGUCAAUGCACUCCAUUCUUGGCAGGUCCUACUCUGACAGCAGUCUAAUGCUUUCUCUUAUGAGAUGAAUCUUACUUACUUGGGAAAUACUUCCUUACUGGGACUCUCUGCAAGUCAAGGCUAAAUAGGGUCCUGGAAUGAGGCACCAGUGACAGGGAGGGGUGCAAAACCAAGGAGUUAGCCUGGACUCCCAAAUAGGUGAGGUGUUUUUUAAAUAAAACUAUUACAAUCUCUAAGAUUUGAAAUCAUUGUUUAGUGAAUAAGCGAGUGCGCUGGAUUCUGUAUUUUGUAUAUUUUGACCCCAGCAGCACCCUAUAAUGUAUGCAUGUUCAGGUGAGUGCAGCCCUCUUGGUUUUGGUUUUAUUUGUGUGUGCAUAUAUAUUUAUAUAUUUGUGUUCAGGGCAACAUCGAUUAUGGUUAAUGCAAGACUGUAUUAUGGCGUAACCUGUUAUAGGAAAAAGUCGGUUGAGGUGUUUCCCGAAAACCAACGAUUAUUCAGUAGACCUGUAUUUAAAAUGUGUUGUAAAUUGUUUUAAACAUGUAAAUGACUACCAAUAUAUACCUUGCAAACAAUUGGUGGGUACCACAAGCGACUUAGACAAAACCAGGUGGCAUGAAUGUGAAAUUAUCAGCAUAUGACGUCAACCAUAACCUAACAGAAUUAAGGGAAAUAGCAAAUUUGUAAUAAUGAAGAAACUCUGGAAAGUAAGUGAAUCAUGAACCUGUCACAUGUAUAAGCCCCUGUUGCCUGAAAUUAAUGGGAUAGCCCAGGGACCGGUAAGUGAUUAAUAUAGCGAGGGCCAAGUUGAUAAAACCAACUUAUAUAGGGGAAAUAACAGAAUGGAAAGGGUUGAGAACCGCAAAAGUAUCAAUACUGAAGAAAACAGAAAGUAGCAAAAGCAACUAGCAUCAGUAUCAACAAGAAUAUAUGAUGAAAAUGAUCUACAAGGACCAUAACGGUGGACAAGUCAAGCUAACAAGUGUAUGAGUAGUAAACCAACAACCCCUAAUUAGUAUGACUAACCAAAGUAAUUUUUGUUAGCCAAUGAGUCCCAAGAGGGUUGUAGUUAAUGUAAGUACAGUGUUAAUUUACAUUUGUAAACCAUAUGUGUAGGUCCGUAGGUCCAAGUUGGGCCUGACAUGAUUAAUCCAGUUAAUAGCGACACUUGUAGCGCCAUGUAGGGGGCCAAUUCAAUCUUAUAAAAGUCGAUAUGUCCCAGUAAUAAUGAUGUCGUCACAAUAAUCACAACUUACCUAUAUCUUAAGUCACUUAUUAGUGUAAAAAACUUUCAGACUGAAAGUCAGAUAGCAUGACAUAAGGUCUCAGUGCUCAGUAUUGAAUUGUGUUAUGAUUGUAUGCGUAUGGAGGACCCUGCGAGGGUCAGUGUCCUGAUGACAGCAUGGCUAGACAACGUGUUUAUAGUAUUUCCUGUCUCUCAUUUAUUUACCCCUUAGAGGACAGGAGUGCUGAGAACGUUGCAUGGAGGUGUGUGUAGCUUGAGCAACUCGUGCCUACUCCAGCAUCAGCAUUGUCGGAAUUGAUACACAAGAGCCUAUCAGUUCUGCUCUCCUGGCUGUUGCAGGGAAAGGAACGGUGCGUCUGCGUAGCUCAGACGUAAUACGAGGAAUAGUCCAUAACCUGAUAACAGCAGGGCUAUAGGUAUCACAUGUUCACGUAGGUGUAGUGGGCCAGACAAGAGUACUGGGGAUUGACAUGUCCUCACCUUCACAGGGAUCUGGGCAUACUGCAACAUAGUAAUAAUUAGCUUGGAUAAGGAUCGUUUUACUGGCUGGCUAGCUGGUGCCAAGGGGUGAAGUAAUUCAUUAGGUUGGUGACAGGUGAGUCCCUGCUGGAUGCCAAGUAGCUUGAGAGGCUCUAUCUAUGCUUUGGCGCGAGGGGAUUUGUGGCCACCGAACGUUGCGGCAGGAUAUUGGCCUCUCAGUGACAUUUAAAGCAUAAGAUAGAUUGGGUGUGACAAGUGAGUCCCUCUCUAUGCAACUGUGUGAGGCGACUAACUAUGUUUUGGCCCGAGGGGCUUAAUACCUCAUACAUGAAGGAUGGGUGUAGGCCUCACGGGCCCACUAACUCUAAAACAGAGAUGCCAGAAACUUAACAUCUGUUGGUCACCUAGAUCCCUAUAAGCCAGUAAAACCUACUCACUAAAAGGUCUAUAUAGCGGAAUAGCCAUUGUGGCUAGCAAAGUACCUGAAUUUGUAUAAGAGCUUGUGCAGGUUCUGUAUGGUAUGGUUGUAGAGGGGAAUUAAAGGUCUUUAACCUAAAAUUAUGACAAGGACGUGUAUACGUAUUAUUAAGCAAGUAUUAUCCCUGUAGUUGAAACCUACCUACUGAAAUUGGAAAUUGGGAACAAAGAGCAAAUGCUGCUCUGAAAAUUGAUGACCCCGUGAUCUGUACUAGACUGUACAUUCCAUGAGACUUACCAGAUAUGCUUAUUGGCUGGCCUGCAGACAGUGCAGGAGUACACCUGUAUAUGAGAUGUAAACUCCAUGAAACCGAUUACCGCAUCUGUCCUUUGAUCAAACGUCUUUCAAAUGUAUUUGACCGUCAGUAUAGACUAAAUCUCAUUAGUCAUAUCUAUAUCUAGGAUAAAUGUAGACAGAUAUGGACAGGUGUCAAGUGCACAGCAGGUACAAAUAGCGUUAUACUUCAAACUUACCAGUGCAGCAUCCUUUGUGCUAGGUAUAUGACUGCUGAGACCUGCACAGUGCAGUAGGAAACUUUAGAACCAGUAAAUGACCUACCUACGGAAAGAAACGUAACCUGAUGAAGUAGGAGUAAAAUAGACAGACAAACCUAAAAUUUAAUGACAAUAUAUUAAUAAUUAUAAACAGGUGACAAUAUAGGUAUAAUAUAACAUGAGACAUAUCAUAUGACCAUACCCGGACUUAACCAUUUGUUUAUAAGGAUACCUACUGUGGUAAUAGAUAUAGAGCAUUAGAGCGAUGCAUGUUAUGCAAUGGUCCAAUUUAGCAACCCAUACAACAGGAAACACUCUUGAUCUUGGCUUCACCAACCUCUGUACUGCCUCUAAUCACUCCAAUCUUCCUUUUCCUCUAUCUGACCACCAUCUGCUGACUUUUGACACUGGCAUACCUGUAGUGGAGAGCUGGUAUUACACAGCCUAUCUCCACUUUGGAUCCCAGUGAGGCUCAGGAACAAGCAAUUAUAAAUCCAUAGGGCAAAGUAUCCAGCAGGCAGAAUAACACAGCAGUAUCCCAACAGCACUCCCAAUAACUGGACAACACACAGUAUCAGGAGCAGAACUAAAGAUUUAUUCAGACAGUGGCCUUAUAAAGCAUGCUCCCAUGCAAGGGAGGGAUUUCCAUUCAUUAGUACAGUAGCCAAUCCUGUUCUGGUAACCUCCCACACAUCUCCUCCCCUCAGCCUGCAUCAUAAUCCCCUUAUCCAGGACACCAAUUCACCCUGUUUCUGGAUGUACCCCUAAACCUAGGGGUACCGCCUUUAAUUAUACAUCCCCUGGUAGCCCUGAUCUGGGUGAACAACAUAUCCAAAAAUCACCCAGAUCAGACCAGGGGUUCGGGAAAUUUAUGGAGGGAAUAAAAUGACCGACCGCGCUGGAAAGAGUAGCCAAAUUGGGUUCCAUGCGAUGGGGCCCUGCGGUCGGUCCUGGAACAAGGGAAUAAAUUACACAAAAGCCUCCAGUUACAGAGACUAGGGAGGGUUCGCCUGAAUCCCCUCGUUCGGUUGUUUCUGUCUACCAAACGAGGGUCCGUUCGGUAGUUUGGAACCGAAUGGACCGGGCUUGUGGAGGUCUCAGCGGUGUUCGCCUAGUCGAGUGUCCGAUUUGAGUUCCAGACACUCGACGGCAAAACACCGCUGUUCGGGAGUUUUAAAAUGGCCGCCGCCACGUGUUCGUUUCCCGAAUGGCGGCCACCCCCGAGAACAAAGGACUACUACUCAGCUUGUCAAUUACCCAUUCGCAACAAUGUUGCAACGGGUAAUUGAAGGCACACUUCACACCGGGGAGGUCUGACUGUUCGGUAGUUUCAUUCCCUUAUUUGUUGGAAUGAUUCUACCGAACAAUCAGACGAAUACAAUACAUUUAACACAUAUAACUUUGCCAUUUACGCGAAUGCAGUUAAAACCUCUGUAAUUCUCAGGACAGCCCAGUGCCAUCCGCUACAAUACCUAAGACCCAAUUGACACCACCGUCUGAACAUCACUCUCACAGAAACCUCCAAUAUCUUGACCUAGAGUAUUUCUCCACUAAUCUCCAAACUCUCCUUUUACCUAUCUCAAACCUCACCUGUCCUAGUUCUGCAACCUCCUUCUACAAUUCCACCCUCUCCUCUCAACUAGACAUCAUGGCACCUUGUACAUUUAAACACCGCAGGCCCCCCCAACAACAACCAUGACACACCAAGCUCACUCGAUACCUCCAAAAAUGCUCCAGAACUGCUGAACGCUGUUGGAGAAAGUCUUACUGUGCAUCUGACUUUCUCCACUAUAAAUUUAUGCUGAGCUCAUACAGCUUGGCUCUUUCCCCUGCAAAAGUUAAUUACUUCAAUACCCUCAUAACCAUACUCUCCCGUGAACCCAAACGACUAUUUCAGACAUUUAAUUCUCUUCUUCGCCCUGCUGUUCCUCCUCCACCUACUAGCUUGACCACCUCAGACUUUGCAACUCACUUCACUGACAAGAUCUCUUCAAUCAAAGACGAGAUCUCUCAUCUUUCUUCUUCCCCUACAAUACUUCCCCUAACUUCACUCCCUCUGCUGUGUUCAUUCACACCCGCUACAUUAGAAGAGGUUUCUGCUCUGCUCCAGUCCUCCCGCCCCACCACCUGCUCCCUAGAUCCAAUUUCCUCGCAUCUCAUCCGUACUCUGUCUUCUCUUUCUCCUACUCUCACUAAAAUUCUCAAUCUCUCUCUCUCCUCUGGUAUAUUUCCAUUGCCCUUCAAACAUGCAACUGUAACCCCAAUUCUAGAGAAGACCAAUCUUGACCCUAACUCCCCAUCCAACUAUUGUCCUAUCUCGCUACUGCCUUUUGCAUCCAAGAUCCUUGAAAAUAUUGUGUCCAACUCUCUGCUAGACCCGCUUCAGUCUGGUUUCCACACUAAGCACUCUGUGGAAACGGCACUGACCAAAGUAUCCAAUGAUCUACUUGCUGCAAAAUCUCAUGGUCACUACUCUAUCCUAAUUCAGCUUCUUCUCAUCCUCCACAAUAUUGGUAUACAAGAUAUUGCUCUCUCCUGGUACUCCUCCUACCUCUCCCAGCACUCUUUCAGUGUUUCUUUCUCUGGCUCUGCUUCUUCUCCCCAACUCAUCUCAGAUGGUGCCCCCCAAGGUUCAGUCCUUGGUCCACUACUGUUCUCCAUCUAUACUGCCUCCCUUGGUAAACUCAUUAGCUCCUUUGGCUUCCAAUAUAAUUUCUAUGCGGGUGACACACAAAUCUACCUGUCCUCUCCUGAUCUAUACCUGUUCCUCUUGACUAGUGUCUCUGACUACCUCUCUGCUGUUUCUAACUGGAUGGCUGCCCACUUCCUUAAACUAAACUUGACCAAAACUGAAAUUCUGGUCUUUCCUCCCUCAAGUGUUGUCUGUCUCCCUCCAAGUCAACGGUGCUACCAUCAGCACCACCACAUAGGCUCACUGCCUAGGUGUUCUCUGUGACUCCGCCCUCUCCUUUAAGCCUCAUGUUCAAUCUAUCGCCAAAUCCUGUCAUUUUCAUCUCAAAAACAUUGCGCGCAUCUGCCCCUACUUAACGCCAGAUGCAACUAAGGUGUUGGUCCAUUCCACUGUCCUUUUUCGCCUUGACUACUGUAAUAGGCUCCUCAGUGGUCUUACGUGCUCCCAACUUGCGCCGUUACAGUCCAUAAUGAAUGCAGUGGCGAGGCUCAUCUUCCUGUCCGCCCGCACCUCCCAUGCCUCACCCUUCUGUCAGUCCCUACAUUGGCUUCCUAUAAAAUAUAAAGCUCAAUUUAAAAUUCUGGUUCGUGCUUUCAAAUCUCUACAUAAUGCUGCUCCCACCUAUCUAUCCUCCCUUAUACACAAGUAUGUCCCGUCUAGGCCCUUACAUUCUGCUAAAGACUUAUAUCUAUCUUCUGUCCGUACUCCCACCUCUGAUGCUCGCCUUCAAGAUUUCUCGAGGGCUGCGCCGUUCCUGUGGAACUCGCUUCCCUCCUCCAUUAGAUACUCACCCAGUCUCCACUCCUUCAAAAAAUCGUUAAAAACCCACUUCUUCAUAAAAGCGUAUCAAUUAAACUGUUAAUAGCUCCUGACUGAUUCCUCUUCUGCAACUGUCACUAGUCUAAUACUAUCCUUACCUUUUUGUGUCAUUUUACCCCACUCCCUCUAGCAUGUAAGCUCAUUGAGCAAGGCUCAAAAAUAUCCGUAUAAUACACACCUGCAAAUGUAUUAAAUAGUACCAAACAUGCGUUUAACAUUUAUAUUUUUUAAAAGCAAGACCAUAUUUAUAACAGGUGUAAUACUAAGUAUUGAACACUAGAGGGCCACAAGCUGAAAUCUUUCUAUGCUGUCCGUGCAUAACAUAAAGAUAUAGCAUAGUGUAGAGAGUUCAUGACAAGCGUUCGUGAGAAAAAGGCGGGAAUAUAUCUUAUUUAUAUAGAUUCAGCUUGUGACCCUUCAAGAGGAUUCGUUGUUUAAAAUGAACGAAAUCCCAGCAGAACACCCCCACACUAUGCAAAUGAAAUUAAGGACACAAACGCUAUUUGCAUCUAAAUAGAAAUGAUGAAGCCGAAUGGUUGGUAACCAUGCAGGCUGAAAGACUGAAAGCUUUCCACGAAUGGAGGCUUUGUUCGUCUGGAUUAAACCAAUGAAAACAAAUGAGCAAUGAAUAAUAUGAAUGAAAAAUUAUACGAAUGCAUAAAGAGUAGUAUUAAACAGUGAUGUCGCCAAGGGAGGGGCCAGUGUGACUGCCAGUCCACAGGGACGGUGGUCAGCAGGUGCUUCUGGUUCAGCAAGCCAUACGGGAGGCCGUCAGAGGAGCAGCCUGCAAGAAUGGUGAAGGGGAAUCCGGACGGGAUGUACCAGCAAUGCUGAGCAGAAUCUGGAGCAGGGGAUAGAAGCAUUCCACGGACAGAUAAGAAGCAAGAUGGCGGUCUGCAUGCACCGGAAGUAGCAGCAUGCAGAUCGCCAGACCAUUGAUGGUACGGUAGAAAAAGGGGGGAGUCCCUUCAUAGGUCAUACAAGCCCCUUCCACAACUCCAGGCAAAGCCUUAACAUAUAUCUUCAGUGAAGCACAGAACUACAUUAAAACAUACACACUCAUAUUUCUUUUAACCCCUUAAGGACACGUGACAUGUCAUGAUUCCCUUUUAUUCCAGAAGUUUGGUCCUUAAGGGGUUAAUAUACUUGGACAAUUAAUUUUGAAACUGAACUAAAAAUGGAUACUUAAGGCUCUAGACACUAUAGGCACCCAGACUACUUUAGCUCUGAAGUGGUCUGGGUGCAGUGUCCCAAUUGCACUUAGUGCUGCAAUGUUAUCCAUUGCAGUUCCAGAGAAACUAGAAUGUUUACAUUGCAGCACUAUGUCUGCCUCUAGUGGCUGUCUACAUGCUGAGAUAAGGUAAAUACAUACAGGAUUUUUAACCCUUUCUUCACAUUGUUGGGGGGCAAGGGGGAGGCAGGUGGAGCUAUAGUGUAUAGCUUUGUAUUCCUGGCACUUAUAGUAUCCUUUUAAUAUCUGUGGGAUCUGUGAAGUAAAAUGUGUUAAAGAAUGUUUGGAUUGCAUAAAUAUAAUAUAAAAUCCAUUAAGAAUAUAAAGCAAGAAAAGUCAAUUGUUUAAACUUUAUGACAACACUAGGAUAAAUAAAAAAUUAAAUGAUCUAUUUAAAAAUAAUACUAAACGUAAAUCUAUAUCUAGUUGGUAUGAAUUAUUGAGAGAGGAAGAAAAAUAGUCUAAACCAAAAGCAUGGAAAAAUUGGGAACAAGAAAGUGGGUCAUUAAUUGAGUUAGAGCAGUGCUAUAGAUCAAUUCAAGAAGUUAAAAAAUCGUUGCAUUGUUUAACUAUCAUAGAGCUCCAUUAUAAAAUUCUUCAUCAAUGGCGUAGGGUACCAAAGAUUCUAAACAGAAUCAACACUGAUAACCCCAAACUUUGCAGGAGGUGCACUUGUGCUGAAUGUAGCUCUAAACAUAUCUGGUGGGGAUGUAAGCUUUUAAGACCUAUAUGGAAUAAAGCAUUUCGAGUUAGAUGAGACUUCGUGGGAGAAGAUUUGGAAGAUUACUUAAUGGUUGCUCUUUUCCAUUUUAAUUUAAGGAGAUUCUCAACUCAGAAUAGAUAUCUAAUAAUCCAAUUUAUGAUGGCCAUAAAAAUAGAAAUAUCAAGAUAUUGGCUACAGAAAAAGACUCCAUCUUGGACCCAAGUGCUAACUCAGCUUAAAUACCAACACGAUACGGAAAGGGGAAUAUCUUUUCACUAUGAUAGCCACUUAAAAUUUGAUGAGAAAUGGUUACCUUGUUGCGUUCUUUGUUAUGAAUAUCCUUAUAUAUAUAAAGAUCACUCUAGUUCUUCCCUAUGGUACUGUAUUGAGGAGAGUUAUGAACUAACCUAAUUAUUAUAGUUUAGGCCCGCCUAAUCCGCUCAGUCCUUUUAAAUUGUGAUAUUUGUGUUUCUGUGUGUGAAGUUUACUCAACAGUCCAAAUAUCCUUCUAUUGUAAAUCUAGUCUAUAUGUCUAACUCAGAACUGUUCCUGUCUGUAUGUUACAUAUGUAAAAUUUACAAAAAGAAUAAAAAACCCAAAAAACAGCAAUCUAAACAUUCUUUAAAUGCAUUUUACUUUAUUGCUUAACUGUUUCUUAAAUAAUCAGAAUUAAACUGAUAUCUUUUCUCUAAGCAUUUGGUGCAUGUUUGUUCUCUGGGUAGUGGGAUGGAUCAUGAGCCAUAGGUAAUGCUUUUAAAUUUGAAUGUACUAAUAGGUACACAGUGUUUAGUUCAUCUGAUACAAUGUGAUGUAAUGACUGAUGUCAGAUGACUCGGUUUAGAUAAAAAAUAAAAUGAUACGUUUUACAAGCAGUGAAUUAUGCAGGGUCCUCCACCUCUCUGUUCCUGUACGUCGACUUGUCUGGUUACAAUUAAAUGUCUGUUAGUCCCACCUUUGUACAGCACUAUGGAAUCUGAUGGCGCUAUAUAAAUAAUAUAAUAAUAAUAAUAAUUAUGAUAAUUAUUACCAAAAGUGAUGUCGUUUCUGACAUUUCAUGAAAUAACUUCCAAAAUAUUAGUUACUAAUUUUUUUUAAAUGAUUACAUGAAAGCAGAAUUUUCUGUGUAAUCCAUGUAGCAAUGCGUUAUUUAAUCUUUUAAAACUUUUUUUUUUACAGAUAUUGGACAAUGUAGAAUACCCGGAUCUAAAUUAGUUCAUUUACUGAUGAUAUUACUGGGUAUCUUAGGUUUGUCAGUCUUCCUGCUUUGGCGCUUUUGUGUUUGUAAGUAUUAAAUUGUUGGGUUAUAAAAUAUUCACAAAGAAAACAUAUUUGACAUUGAAAUGGGAACACAGAAAAAUGUGUAAUUUAAUUAAUCUCUUUGCCGUGUUUUAUCAUCACAGAUCUGAAAUCCAGAAAGAAACCAAUGAAGAACUUUCUGAAUAAUCUCAUACACGAACAUUAUUUAUCAAACGAUGUUGAAGUCAGUUCUGCUGAGAGUCCCUUCCUACCUAUUGAAAGUCCACCAGAGCUCAGUAAUACUGGGGAUUCCGUGGUCAAUAAUGGAGGAGCACAUGAAGUUAUCCCUCUUGAUGAUUUAGGAGAAAUAGGACAGAGGUCUGCUGGAGACACCAUGGUCAAUGACAGAGGACCACAUGUAGUUAUCCCUCUUGAUGAUUUAGGAGAAAUAGGACAGAGGUCUGCUGGAGAUACCAUGGUCAAUGACAGGGGACCACAUGACGUUAUCCCUCUUGAUGAUUUAGGAGAAAUAGGACAAAGGUCUGCUGGAGACCCUGUGGCUAAUGGAUGAUAUUUACUGAAAAGUUGUAGUGAUUUUAUUUUCAGGUCUAAAAUAGAUAGUGAUGUUCACUUGCCUUACGUGGUGAGGAUCCUUCUUACACUAUAAUGAAAUGGGUAUUAUAGGAAAGAAGAACAUAUUGUGGAGACACGAUAAUAAGACAUUGCUAACAUUAUGAGAUGAACAUGUGAAGAACAAGGAGAAUUUCAUCCAUGUUAAUUAAUUAGCAGUGAGGAGGGUAACAUAAAGAGCAAAUGGUUAAAUCCAUCUAUCGCGAUAUUAAAUUAUCAACAAAAUUAAGGAAAACCAAAUGUAACAUGAAGCCUAAAUUAACUAAUGAAAAUGAAAAAACAACAAGCAAACAAACCAAAAACAUAAACUACAAUCGCUAUAUAAUGUAUUGUCACUGAGGUCGAAUGAUGUCUUAUAGCUGCACGAAGCAAUAAGCCAUCUUGGAAAAACAUUAUUUUGAUGUUUAAUUUGUGAGAACUUAUAUUGAAAGAAUCAUAAAUGAAACAUGAUAGUUUGGCCUUCAUUCUAAACCUUGCUUGUUUCCAUUGAAUAACAGUUUCUGAGCCUCAUUUAAUAUUGCAAUAUUGUAAUCACAAAAGACAAAAAAAAUGCCACGAGCGUUUCCCACCAGUAAUGGAGCGCGAAUUGUUAUCCAAUUAAAAACAGGCUUACAUUUAUUAUUAAUGCAAUUUUGAGAUCAGAUUGUCAACAUUGUUAACAAGAACCCAAAUGGGGAUUUUAGCUCAUAUCCUAGCAUAUCAUUUAGUUUUUAUUUAUUGAAUCCUUGAUGAGAUGGGACUGGAAGAUAGUUGGUCUAGCCAAGUCUUUCUUAGAGAUUCUACAUAGAAAUCAAACAAGAUUAGAGUUGAAGGCAAAAACAGAUUAUUCUAAUCUCUUAAAAUUCAAAGUUUAAUACACCUUUAAUAAAAUCACUGGUCAUCUCUAGGAUACCUCAAAUCCUCCUACAAUAAGAGAUUUAUUAAUUAUGAAAUUAUUGAUGGCUACAAUGACAUGUACUAAGUGACGUGAUUUAGUUUAUCAACAUAUAAUCAAAGUGUAUUCGCAGGAACAUUACUGCCACAUUUUAUUAAAGAUUUAUGGGAGAAGAGAGUGAAGUGAAUGAAUACCCAUUUCAUUAAACUCGCCAGUUUAGGUUGUCACCUAUUCAAUAAGAUGGGCAUGAAAUAUAAAGCAUUAAUACAUUAAAUACAUCUGAUGGCACUCGGUUCUUAGUUCAGGCCAAACACCUUUGAGGUUUUUAUUCUCAGGGAGUGUAUAUACUUCUCGUAUUAUUUAUUUAAUGUACUAAUUCUACAAAAAAGAGUGAACAGCUAUCAGUGAGGAAAAUGUCUGACAAAACAUCUGAUUUAUGAUGAAAACAAGUGACCUGAAAAUAAAAUCCUACAACUACAAAACAAAUAAUCUAUUGAUGAACAAGGGGUCCCCAACAUGUAUAAUAGUGGGUACGAAGCGAUAUUUGUAGCUCAGUUUAAAUGCGGGUUUCGGUACAUGUUUUAAUCUGAUUACGCCAGUUUCUAUGUCAACAUUUCCACUCACUCACAAUACACAGGGGACCCUAGCUCAUCAAUAAUGGUAAUAUAUAAAAUGUAAACCAUUUAAUGAAAUUAUUAUUUAGCAUCUAUCAACUGAUUUCAUUUGAAGAUUAAUAUUUAGCAUAUUACAUAUAUUCUGUUUUUCAUUCCAUUUCUUCUCCAUUUAUACACGUGUAAUAGUUGCCAUAUCUAAGCAUUGCUUUGGUCUGUGUGCAGGUAAUAUGACUGGGAAGGAAGCUGAGGGUCAUCGAUUGGUGGCCACUCAGGGCCAUUCACUAAACGAUAAUAUUGUAAAAAAUUGCAAGUGAGUUGAAAACUUGAGUCAAAAUAGCUGAUCUGUAAAAAAGCUAAAUUGCAGAAAUGUAUGAUUGACCUCAAUUCGCAAGUUUCCAUAAAUGAAGUAUUUAGCUGUUACAUGUUCCUUAGCAAUAUUACUAGUAAUAAACAUUAUUGUUUAAUGAUUUAAUUUCAAAAGUGCAUAAUACUGCUAUUAUAAUUUAUAUUGUAUGAUUUAAUUUAUUAUUGUUAAUUAUAUUAUUAUACUAUUUAAACAUUAAUAAUUUAAAUCUAAUUUAAUCAUUAGUAAUUUAAUAGAUUAGCAGUUAAUGCUUUUCUCAUUUUUUAGCAUUCCAUACAUGUUAAAAUGAUAUCCUUCAAACCUCAUUGGCCAACAGGGGUUGGAGAAUUACUCUAUAGACAGAGACAGGUGGUCAGCAUUCGGGCGGAUUGGUAAACCGACCAGGGAAACCGCAUUCUAAAGUCUGAAACACACAGAGAAUAGAAAAUUAACCUGACCUGUUUUAUAAAUGAGUAGGCUCUAAAUCAUCUUAAAAAUGAUCUGUACAGAGAGUGCAUCCUGUUUUACAUUCAUAGAAAACAUCUAACCAUUCCAGAGAUGCAUUACAGCUCAGUAGCAAAUAUUUAAAACAAAAUCUAAAAGAAGCACAGACCCAAUUUCUUAAUUUACAGAGCUACGCUCACCUUUUCUUGGCUCAUUCCUUUCUACUCUUUGCCCAGUCUCCUGCAAGUUCCCACUUCCAGAGGAAGGGAAAACUCCAGGAUGGGGCUGUUUUUUUGCCGUGAGCAUUAAACAUUAGUUAGUAUUAUCAUGUUAUGUGGCGCACAAGUAAUUUGUCUUCUGUAUGUUUUAGAGUCUGUCUAAUUAUGCUAAUUGAUUGUGAUAGAAGACAAAUCUGGCUAAAUACAUAUAAUCAGAAUUAGUUUUAGGCUUCGAGGUCUAUGAAUGACCACAUAAAUGUAUUGUUUUUGUUAAACAAUGUUAAAUAGUUUUCUUGCAUCAUCUAAAUGUCUCAAUAAAGAUAUUACACAACAUUCUGGACCUCAGUGUCUUCUUAGUAUUGAACCAUUUAUCUACCAAACAAAAAAUGCUUCACAAACAACCAGAGAUCAAUUCUAAAUGAACUGAUUAUUGGGAAGAGUUUGACAGGCUAUCAGAAUAUUCAGAUCAGACUUAAGGUCUCAGAUGUGGACAGCUUUUAUCCAACUAUUAUAAAUUCCUUCGGGGUUGGGUGAUGAGCCCAUUGACCUCAUAUUCACUGAAAACACAUCUCUUGCUUCCAUGACAAAAACUAUUCUUAUCUCAAAGCCUUACUGAAACCUGGAAUUUUUGUAAUCCCU